CUAGUUACCGUUACAAAAAAAUGUAACAAAAAAAUAGUUUUAUCGUAAAACGUUCCCCUUAACCUAUUUUGCCAAUAUGUCGUAAAAUCUAAUUAAUUAACAAGUCAAGCGAUAUUUUUUAUUCGAAUAAUGUUAUUUCUUUCAACUGCCUUAUCUACAAUCAUGAAUACGAUUUAUAUCGUAAUUUUUUGUAUUGUUUUUCGUUAUGUGAAAAGUGACCAGGUUUCAGAAACCUUCGAAGAUAUUAAUUAUGAAGAAAAUGAAAAGUUAGAAACCCAUGAUGAAGAAAUGGAAGAAGAAAGAGAAGCGGGUGAUGCAGCGGAUCUGUUUGGUACAAAUCAGCAUUAUAACAUUCCAGUGAACUAUCAAGAUUUCGGGCGACGAUUUGUUUUGACGUACCCAUACUUUGAGAAGAAUAUUUUGAAUGAUGCUGCUGAAGCAGAGUUGGAUAAAGCAGCGAAGCAGUAUCUUCAAUUAGAAAAAGCUCAUGAAAAAGAGCUAACGCCAGUCAAGGCCCCACCAGAAUUUGUUUUAGAAAUAGCAAAGCAAUCUGCACUUUUGGAAGCGUCGAAACCGAAAAAUCCCACUGAAGAUAUUAUACAAAAAGAUAUUCUUAGAACAGGGGAUUAUUGGGACGAUGUAUGGAAAGAAGAAGUCGAUGUGAAGAAAAUGAUGCUACGAUCUGGCAUUAAUCAAAAUAAAUUGGGUGCUGUCACAGUGAAAAUAUCACCGGGGUCGAAAUUGCAGAAACUGAUUUCCAUGCUCAAAAAAAGAUCCCCUAGAUUUCUUUACGUUAUAAAUAAAAAUAGCCAAGCAUAUUUCGUAGUUUAA